AUGGCACUUACAUGGUACCCAGACGUACCGCCAGGCAUUGCCACAACACAAGAAGAACUCCGGCAACAAAUGAAAGAAAUCAUACUGGAAAUGAUGGAUAGGCAACGUCAACAUGGGAACUUGUCCCCUCCUGCAAGGCCUGCCUCUAGUCCUACCAAAGCUGAGACAUCCAAUCCCACUCUGACAUUGCGUGGGCUACCUGCAGAGGUAGAUCAAAUCAUUACAGAGUUCUUGAAUGACAUGCUGGCACAAAACACAGUGCCACAAAACAGUACCAAAGACAGAGGCAAUAGCAAUAGCAACAGCAACAGCAACAGCAACAGCAACAACAACAGCAAUAGUGAUGCUGACUCAGACAAUUCAAGUAUUGAUGGACAAGAGAAUAUCAACCCUGAUGAAAUGGAGGUUGAAUUGUUGUUGGAUGUAGAGUCUGAAGAUGGCUACAAGGCUUACUCACCAUUUGAUCAGCUUCAAGACAAGAACUUGUCUGUGGACAACAAUAUAGCUAUAAGCCCAACAUCAGAUGUGAGCAUGGUCAAAGUUGGUGAAGCCAAGGGCCAGGACCUACCAGAGUCAAAUGUGGCUGGAGCACGUAUAAGGAAAUGUCUCAAUCAACUUGAGCACUUACAUCAGCAGAAGGUCCAGGCAGGAAUAUUGCCAGCUUGCCCAUUUGCCAAUCAUCUGGAAUUUCAGUUUGUACAAUGGAUGGUUGAAAAUGACCUUCCUAUUAUAAGCCAACGCUGUGCACUCUCCUUUUCAAGUAAUUAUGCAUUAAACAAACUUCUUGAUAAGCUUCCUACAGCUGGUCCAAAGUGGCGGCGGGUCACGCAAAGGAUUUCUGGCAAUAUUACUGGCGCAAAUGGAAAAAAGCUUACCAAAUUAGUGGAAAUAUGGAUGCGCAAUAUACUCAAAGUUGUUGAAGAGCUCCUCAAAAAUGUUACAUAUGGAAAGCAAUUAGUAUUUGUCCCACAAAAGGUCUACCUGGAUGGUAACAAGAGACAAAUUGAUGAAAUGUGGACAGGCAAUUGGUGGAAUGAAAUUCAGCAAAAGCUGCCACCUGGAGCAACAGUUGUUCCAAUCAUUAUAUCCUUGGAUGCAACACAACUUACAAAUUUUUUGGGAGGAAAAUCGGCCUGGCCUGUGUACAUAACCAUUGGGAAUAUACCUAAAGCCAUCCGCGCAAAGGUCAAUAACUACACAACAAUGUUGUUGGCUUACCUUCCUGUCCCAAAAUUCAGCUGCUUUACAAAGAAGGAGAGGGGUAAUCAGAAAUGUAAACUCUUUCACAAGAGUAUGCAAAUGAUUCUCAAACCAUUGGUGAAAGCUGGGACAGAGGGCGUUGAAAUGGAAUGCAGCAAUGGAUUUGUUUGCUGGUGUUUUCCAAUACUGGCUGCAUAUAUUGCCAAUAACCCCAAGCAGACAAUGAUUGCUGGCUGUCAAAAGAACCAAUGCCAUUGUUGCACGGUUGGAAGAGAUCAACACAGGGAUUCCCACCUUGACAACACUAAUCCUCCCCCUCCUUGUGACCCUUGCUCUACGGCAGAUGCGCUUGAAGCUCAAGCACUGGACCACACAACCUCACUCUAUGUUACCAAAGGGUUGAAACCCUAUGGCAAGCCGUUUUGGGCCAAUUUACCUCACACAAACAUAUUCACUUGCCUGACACCGGAUAUCUUGCACCAACUGCACAAAGGCGUUUUCCAAGAAGAUCUUAUGAAUUGGUGCAUCAAACUGGUUACUACGUUGCUUGGAGACGCUACCCAAAUCAACAAUUGCUUCAAACUUAUGCCACAACAUUCAAAUCUCCAACACUUUCUUUCUGGGGUUACUGCUCUCAAGCAAUCUACUGCGGACAAACACCGGCAGAUGCAGAAGGUCUUUAUUGGUGUCAUGCAUGGCUUAGUCCCGGAUUGCGUCCUGAAAACCGUUCUUGCGAUGACUGUUUACCUUGAGCAACGCAAACGCGUUGCAAAGUUUGAUGCAUAUCUUCACUGGGCAAUUCCCAAGUAUGCCAACAAUCUCCAAACUCAACAAGAUGUGUACAAGGACCUUGCGGCUCCGGGUUGGCAACUUGCUUGA